GCCUGCAAGCCCAGGACGGAGGGCUUUCAAGACCAUUUGCAGGAAAACAACAGCCUGACUCAGCCUCAGCGCUCAAAAAGCGAUGCUCGUCCCCGUUGCUUCACCCGCUUUUGGACUGUUUCUACUUUCUCCAUGAUCCCUACCACCCUUUUCCUGGCCAUGCUCGGAAGCCCAUCGCUAUCGAACCGUUGUCGAACUAUCGAAAGCUCCUCAGUCAUUUGAUACCUAGAAAUUGAUAGCAAGGUGACCUGCCUCGCGGCUACACGUUGAGACCUCAUGGAUGUACUGUCUGUCGAGUCCUGCGUUCAAACAGUGAUCGGAGCAUAUCACGAUGCAUCGAAGCUGGUGCAACGACUACAGCAGAAGGCAAGUAGCUCGCAAGAGUUCAUCCUGCCCGAUAGCUUGAUUGCAGACUUCAAAAACUCGCUGUCGCUGGGGUGCAUUACUGUCCAAAGUCAAUAUGAUCACGACGUGCGUCGUUUUGGCGAGAUCUACGCACGUGGCGACGCCAUAGCGCGAGAGCAGAUGAAGGACAUUGUCAUUACGAUUCAAAAGAUCAACACACAUUUACGAGAGGUGUUUAUGGACGACGCCUCCUUGAAUCUUCACGUACUGAAAGAGACGUCGGACGACAGCCGGGUAAAUGCGACAGUAUGUUUAGGUCAGCUUUAUCAACGAAUGUCGACAGCCGCGGCUUCGAUGCAACGGAUGCCCAGGUCAUACCAAGGGGAAGCCAGCCAAGCUCAUAAUCUGAAGUCAUUGGCUUAUUCGAGCAGUCAGAGUACUCAUUCGUCUCUUGGUAUGAAACCUUGGGAUAGCCAAUCGACUGCAUCUUACACGACGUACGGUACAAGAACUGCCGUUGACAAUGAUCAGAAGCCAUCCAAUGAGCUUCUGCCAAAAAGAAGAAUCUCGCUGGCCUCAGGUCGCUCUUACUCGAGUGAGGGAGAACCGCUCAAAAGCCGGAUUCCUGACGAAAAUAAUCUGCCUGUCCAGCAGUUCCUUAUGCAGACUGACUCGACACGGGCGGCCGCGGACACAAUUCUGACCCGAACAAAAGACGUCAAGAAUGGGGACGCCUGUAGCCCUCUCACAGGUGUCGGCCCUGAGCCACCCUAUGAUCACCCACUGUCGUCGCGAACCUUGUCCCCUCUCGAUGGACAAGUGCAUAGUUCACAGAGGUCUCCGGAGCGAGGCUUGCAGCAGCUUCCACCUUCGACCAGGUAUGGCGCGCAGGACCAGGUCUAUUCGCCACCGCAAACUCCCCUCGCGCCCAUAGAUCCCAGAGCUUCACCUUCGCAGGUGCAUGAGCUUGACGACAGCUCGGUAGCAAUGUCGGUCCCGCCACCGCGAACAGGUCAGAGGCGUCCAAUUCCUUUAAAUCCAGAUUACAGCACACUCGAGUGUGUCAUGUCUGUGGAUGUCCGAGGCCAGCCGCCACCAGCAAGUCAGCAGCAAUAUAUGCACCACGUCAACCAGCACUCACAAUCAUCAAAUCAACAAUCUUAUCAUAACGGCCCGGCAGCGCAAGGGCAACCACGACAGAGUUCGGAGGCACCUCAAUCAAUAUGCUACGACAUGAGAACAGUGUCGGUGCCCACUACUCCGGACACUCGGGCUUCAACAAGGGUUCCUACAACGUCUUCUGUCCCAAGACCACUGUCAAUCAGGUCUUCCAACUCCGCAGGCUCCAGAAUCGGCGGAUUUGUACUCAGAAAGGCGCUCCCGCCUGGCAUCGUUGGUGCAAUGCACAAAACGGGAUCCAGCUCUCAGAAAGCGCAGAAUGAUGGCCAGCCUCGAUAUAUCAAGCCGAAAAGCCCGACAUUAGGCGACAGCUCCUCGGAACUGACAAGCUGUCCUGUGUCGACUCCGCGAAAUGGUAUCAAAUUCUCAGAUGGGGCACAGCCCACCACUGGGGGUGUCGCACCGUCGUUGGAAACACUGAUGCGAGCUCCCGGGUCGCAUAAUCUUCAAGUGGCUCGGUCAGAGCUGAAUCUGCCAAGUGAGUCCAAUUUGGCGGGCUUCUGUAAAGGAGCCAUACGACAACAGCUUGGGAGUCGGAAGAGGGGUUUCAUGCUAGAGCAUAAAAAAGCCGCUAAAGGACACGAAUGGUUCUUCCAAUGCACAAAGUGCAACUUUGCAGGACCAGCGACAGUAUCGGCGGCUUUACCUAGUGGAGGACGGGGAGCAGUCAAACGAGAGAAAACUUUUGACACCAGGAUCAGGGUAUCUCCUGGAGGGAUCAAGUACCGAUGGGCUUUUCUUGCCAAAAGCCACGUGCUCAACAAGGCGAGUCACAGCGAUUUGAAAAACAGCAACGACGUGUAUGGCUGCUAUUUCUGCUGCGCAGAAGGAGCAGCAAAAGGUUGGCUCGAAGUGGACGGCGGUCGAAAGGCCUCAGUGGAAAAACCGAGCGACAUCACGCCCACAUUCAAUGGGUUAGAUGCGUUCCUGGCGCAUUUGGAUACACACCGGCUGCCCCAUCGAAUUCCGGGGCUGAUUGUGGCGAAUGAGCUCAAUUGCAUCGUGGGUCGGGUUGCGAAUGAUGAAGAAGAUUUCGAUCUGAAUCUACCUCUGUUAGCGGGAUGAAGAUGUAGCAAUAUUAACAUUGAGACCUGCGAGCGAAAUGUCAGGCGAGGGUAUCUGUUG